AUGUUGGCGUGGAUCGGCGCGAGGAAGAACCGCGCGCACCGCGGCGGCGCGUCGACUCUCGCAGCCAGGUACGAUCUCGCCGUUCGGGCGAGCACGAGCGCGCGGGGGGCAAAGCACGAGCGCGACGAGGACCAGCUGGCGUGCGAGGACGAGGAACUUCGCCCCUCGGUCAGACGGAAGGCGUCCGCCGCGCUCGCUUCGUCAAAGCCCGCGGCGACCUCGCUGGAUGUCCUCGACCUGCACGUGCUGUGCCACCUGAUGGAGUGCGAGCGCGAGUCGUCGCGCGAGAAGGACAAGGACGACGAAGCGAGGGCCGCUCUCAAGCCCGCCGAGGCGUCCCGACGCGCGAGCCGCUCGCCCUGCGUGAAGCGUGCCCGAGAGGAGUCGGGUGACGGAGACGACGACAUGGAGCUCGCGCUGGAAGGUCUCGCGCUGUCGCCCUCGCCUCCUUCGCCGUUUGGGCCCACGCAAGGGCGCCCGCACACCGCAUCCUCGCCGUGCAGCCCGCCCGAGCAGCUCAGGACGCCCGGCGCUUUCACGCUUCCGUCUCCCCCUCGGAAAAAAAUAAAGCCGGGGCUCGCUCCUUCCCUUGCGCCGUUCGCAUCCUCACCCGGGCGCUCCUGGACCACGCUCGGUCUCGACGCGGGACUGGGUUCCAUCCUCGGCGCUCGCCGAACGAGGCCCAAGGCCUGCCGCAGCCUCGACUUCUCGCUCCCGACCCUCUCGGAGAGCGCGGGCGCCGAGCGAGGAACACAGCUGUCGAGCCAGGACGAAGGGAGCUUCGACGAGAAGGACGCGAUCGACGUGGUGAUGUCGCACAAGUACGGUCGACCUGAGGAUGUCAUGGACGCAGACGAAACCGACGACGCCGCCGCCGACGACGACGAGGAGGCGGAUGCGACGGAUGCGAUGGAAGAAGAUGCGGAGAACCGACGCCUCCGCGCCGUGAGCCUCGUCGACGUCGACACCCGAGGCGGCGGCGUCAGACAAUCGGCGCGCGUGGACAGGGGCGCGCUGAUGGAGGUCAUGUCCGCGGUCGGGGGCGGUCGUACGAACGCGUCGAUCGGUGCGGUGCCGUGGCGCGUGAUGAAGCUGAUGCAGAUCGAGGAGGAGAUCUUCAUCAUCUGA